UGGCAAUGCUACAAUAAAAAAAUCUGUUUAAAUCAGAUUACAAUGUGGCCUUCAACUGACACAGUAGUUGAAAAGAUAGUCGUUUAAAUCAUCCAUCCAAGAGGCCAAAAACGCAAAACAAGCAUCAGUAUACUGUGACGAAAUUGUCCUUGUAGAAUAGCCGUAGUGACGUAAUCAUAUGGCUGCAGUGCGCAUGCGUAAUAUACGAUCUAGCCCUUCAGGGUACGCUCCUCUCUCGAAUUUACCCCAAUCGCUUAAAAUAAUCGAUAUUUUUAGACAUUUUAUCGUGGUAAAUAGUCUGUGUCCAUUAUGUGGGACCAUGAAAUCAGGGUUAUCGUGUCCACUCACGCCAUUCUUGCUGCUUCGGUGUUCGUGGCAACAGUGCUACCGGUCCAGAUAGUUCCGGGCUUCUCCGUGUACGGCACUCACCUCUGGUGGAUCUACUCGGUGUCAGGUGCCGUGACCGCGGCCAGUGUGGCCGUGUUCUGGUUGCUUGGCAUCUCACCGCCCACGAAGAAGCACACGCUUGGAUACAAGUUAUCUCGAUUGUUAAGGUCCUGUUUCUACUUCUUCCUCUCUUGCCUGUUUUACCAUGCUAUUGUUGUACUCUACGGAGCUCCACUCAUCGAGUCUGCUUUGGAGACUUUCUCACUCGCUGUGCUGCUGACGUCUUUAACCACACUGAGGUGCCUUUGUGUCCUUGGUCCAAACGUCCACGCCUGGAUAAGAGUUUUUAGCCGCAAUGGAGCCAUGUCAGUGUGGGACACCUGUCUGCAGAUCACGGUGGCCUCCUCUGUAGUGGGGGCAUGGGUGGGAGCCUUCCCCAUCCCCUUGGACUGGGACAGGCCGUGGCAGGUUUGGCCAGUGUCCUGCAGCCUUGGCGCCAUGAUUGGUUAUCUGACGGGUCUGGUGGUCGCCCCUGCGUGGAUCCAUUAUCAUCGCAAACAUCUAACGUACAAGUGCAAGUGAUGGACCAUGUGGGAAAGUCGCUGUCCCUCCUGUGUCUCUGUCUGUUGUCUGUGUUAUUUAUUGCAAUAUCGGACUACCGGGGAGCAUUGUUUUAUACGGAGAAGAAAGAUAUCUUUUUUAGCGUUAAUAAAACAUUGAAUAUAUUUUUCUCUUGUGAUAUGUUGGCAAAAGUAUUGACAACAUUGUUUCUUUUUUCUUGGGUAUAUUUUUGUUUGUGUAUGAAUGCAACACAAAGCUAAGAUGAAACUAAUUUGUAGUUUUAUGUAAAAUGGGAGUGUUGAACAUGAGCAACCGUGUAUAUUCUUGUUAAAGUCAUGAGUGGAAGAAGAAACUAACUCAACUUAUGAAGUGGAAAAAGUUAACAAAUGUGUUUCCAUUUUAUUUUGCGCACAUGUACACUCAUACCCACACACGCCUCCGCCACCUGAAGCAGAGCGCCACUGUUCCUUUUUACCAGCUAUUAAUCUUUCUCCAACUCCAUUCCCUCUACUCCUAUCCCCUUCCCUCUUAGUUCCCCAAGCUGUCAUAUUGAUUCACUUUCAUUUUAAGAACAUUAAUUUUCGUCCUUAUAUGCUGUCCUCCACUGCGGGUCCACCUCACAGCCACAAUUUCCCUCUUCCUUGAACCUGCAAUGGAGUUUUAAGAUGAUCUCUGUAUCCAAUUGGAACAAUGAAUCCCUUUUUCAUUCUGAAUAGACUUCCUUAUUAGGGAACCUGUGAUAGACUGGUCUCUCGCUCUGACCCUCCUGCAGCAGGUCAGAAGAACAAAAGGGUGCUCGACAAAUUUAAAGGUACAAAUGAAAUAAUGAGCUGUCCAAUAAUGUCAACACAAAUAUCACAAUUGAUGUGACUUAAAAGACCAGUGUAAAAAAAUGAAAGGAAAAAUUCUUACAAUCAAUUGAUAUUUGUUGUUGUCUCUUAUCAUUUUUUUUCUCAAACUGCAUAUUUUUUCCAACCAUAUUGUACUUGCGAAAGAUCAAAUAUUUUAUUUAAUCUUCCUGAUAUUCCCUGUCACUCUUACUAUGGACUUCUUUUUCUCACAAUCCAGGAUUAUUUCUACUGUAGAUGGCGCUUUUUGGCGAUAUAAUGUGCAAAGAGCGUUUAGCGGCUCCCCAGUGUGCAGUACGUAUUGACCAAGUGGGUCGAGGUUUUGAGUUAUAUAGCCUUGAAUAGGAGGUAGUGGCCACCCUGGUUGGGGACCAGAACUGACAAAUGAUAUGUAUAUUAUUCAACCAAAUUUUACUUCUGUGGAAUGAUCCCCAACGUUCGACGUUCCAGCCUUUGUCUGCCAAGGUCAACCUGACAGUCUGUUUCCACAGUGACACUGAGUUCUUGGGAUUUGUUCUAUUUAUCACCUCACUUCAGAUUCCUCAUUACCUGCUGAAGUGGCACUGAGAGCCCCAGGGGAUCUAUAGAUGUGAUGACGCACAUACGGCCCAGACCUGAUCUAUUUCCAAUGUGUCUGUUGGAUCUCAUGAAUAUCUCAAUGUUUUUGUCUCACUCUGUAUGCAAUGAUAUAUUGUUAGAUUUUCCAGUUCUGAUAGCACACUCGCCUUUACAAAUUGCGCUCUACGUUCAAUCCCGGAGAACUUUAUUUAUUCAUUAUAUGUUCCCAGGCUCUGCUACAGUGUGCAGAGGUGAUUUGUCAGUCCCAGCUCCGCCUUCUCUUUUCCUGGUGUUGAAUAGCUGUUGCUGAGGCCUGAUGCUGCAUCCAUGCAGCUAUAUUUUUGCUGAUCAGAAUAAAUCCACAUCGAGCAAGCUAGAAUCAAGUGGUCAAAAAGCAGUUUUGACAUGGUGGAAAUAAAAAAAAAGACAAAAUAAACAAAUUUGAGAAGUAAAAAUAAGAAUCUUGAAACAAAAUUGAGAUUAAAAAAGUGUUAUUUAUUGAAAAACAAACAUACAGAUAAAAGGAACAUAUUAAUACAAGUGAAGAUGAGAGUGCAGGCAGGAUGGCACAGUUGGACACAACUGUCAGGUGUGUGUCUACGGGACAGUAUUGACGGCUGCAAUGAUGUGUGGUUUAUGUAGAAAUAGCAGUGUUGAAAAUGUUCAGGUUUUCAUUGGGAAGGACAGGAUUAGAAACACGUUUAUCAGAGGAAUAGCACAUGUGAAGACGUUUUGAGACAAAGUUUGCAAGGCCAUACUCGGACGAUUUGGACACAUGGCGAGGAGAGACAUUCAACACGUUGGACAAAGAUGGUUCGAAAUGGUAGUACCAAGCAAAAGAAGAAGAGAAACCAUUUGGAUUCAUGGAUGUGAUAAAGGAGGUCAUGGAAAGGAUGGGUGUGGCCAGGGAGGAUGAUGAACAAUAGAGAUUGGUGAAGAUGGAGGUGGCUGACUUAUUGUGGCAACUCCUGAUGAAAAAUGCUGAAAGAUAAAGAAGAAUGUGAAAAUGAGCCACAAUUGGAGCCUGUCCCAGCAACACUGGGGAUUUAGUACAGGACAUCCUGCACUGGUUGCAACCUCUUUCACGCCAACAACUCAACAGUUAACUUCCCUACAGACCUUGAAAAUGUAGUACCUGGAGGAAGCCACACAAAGGUGUCUGUUUAAGGGAUGACACGUUGCACUUCUGUAUGUCUGGAGUAACUCACAAACCACUGUGCUGAUUAUCUUGAGCCAGAACCACUAAUAAACUGUAGUGUCACUCACGUCCGGAUGCGAAGC